AUGAUACGUUUCUCUCUAGCAGCCGCGGUGUGUGUCACCGUGGACGAUGCUGCCCCGAGCGCAGGGCCCAGGCUUCUAUUGGAGGCGCCCGAACCAACACGAGCUGACGGCUCACCGCGGGCGCCCGAGAUCCGGACUCCGGAGAGGCCUCAGCUGGCCGUUGGCAGACAGCGGCCAGACCAGGAUAACAUGGCGCGGCGGAUCUUUGUGAUAGUAUGCGCACUCUGGCUGGCCAUGUUCACAGUCGCCCGGCCAGUGACGACCACCGGCUACGAUGAACUCACAAACACACUAUUCACUGACGCGGGAUCGCCGUCCUUGCUUGACAUGCUCUGGAAGGCACCGCACUACAUCAAAUCAAGCCUGCAGACGCCGUCGACAUGGUACGCCUCCUCGCGUUUGCAGCCCAUCUUCUGGUCCCCUGCUUUGGACACCAACACGCACACCUCUCUCGACGCCGCGUCCAAGUUCCAGGUCAUAGACGACGGUCUGGACAAGGUCAAGAGUUAUUCCUUGCUGAUCAUGAACAUAAUCCUCGACUAUACACACUGA